AAAAUCUAUAAACGUAAAUGUUCAUAACAAAAUAAUUCUGCUUACAACUUUGAAAUUAUAUAUGUAUGUACCUAUUGCUGGCAUAUGUCCAAAGAGGAGAUAAAACAAAGAAAACAAAUAUCGCACGCUUUUUACAAUUCGCAAUUACCAAUAAACGCAUUACAAAAUAAAACAUCGCACUUGCAUGCUUGCGUUAAUAAAAUAAACAUAAAAAAUGGAGUUGCAUAUGACUACACAAAGUGAACCUCUGCAUCGUCUAGAUGGUGAACAACAAACAAGGAAAUUUGGUGUGACCCACGGCACUAAGGUACCACUUCAUGAGGCUUCGGAAGUGCUAAAGAAACCACAAUGGAGCGCUAUGUUAGCACUGGUGGGAUUCGCUACUACUUUCGGGGCUGCGGUUCCGGUGGGUUACUGUAUAGGUGUUAUCAAUGCUCCAGCAUCGCUUAUAAAAGUUUGGUGUAAUGAGACUAUACACCAUCGAUUCGGUUCUAAUCUGAGUGCUUCAGGUUUAGAUUUACUCUGGUCAUCUGUAGUAUCAAUUUUCCUGAUAGGCGGAGCGGUCGGCUCGCUUGGAGGAGCUAAGGCAGCCAAUAAAUUUGGCAGGAAAGGUUGUUUGCUUAUAAGUGGUGGACUUUUUACGUUGGGUGCAAUCCUUUUCUUUUUCUGUCGGGUUGCUGGCUCCGUAGAAAUGCUUUUACUUGGUCGUUUGAUAGUCGGUCUUGCAUCUGGUCUGACCACAGCCGUACUACCAAUGUACCUUACAGAGAUUGCACCACUAGCCUUACGCGGAACCUUUGGUGUCUUUUGCUCUAUGGGUGUAACCGGUGGCGUUGUGGUUGGACAAGUGUUUAGUUUGCGCCAUAUUUUCGGCACCGACCAGCUCUGGCAUUAUGCUCUAAGUUUUUACAUCAUUUUAGUGGCUGUAUGCUUCCUGCCUGCUUACUAUUUUCCAGAGAGCCCAAAGUACCUUUACAUAGUGCGCAACGAUCAGGAGCUGGCUCGAUCUGAACUUCGUCGUCUAUGCAAAGGACCCAAUGCGGCCCUCGUAAUUAAGCAUGAAAUUGAAGAGAUGGAUGCAGAAAUGAGUACUAAAGUACAAACAAGCAGUUUCUUUUCGGUGCUAAAAGAUCCGACAUUAUUGUUGCCAUUAAUCAUUGUUUGCUCUUUUCAUGGUGGUCAACAAUUAUCUGGAAUUAAUGCUAUAUUCUAUUAUUCAGUAUCCAUAUUUAAAAAAGCCGGUCUUUCCACAACUGAUGCGGAAUGGGCGAAUUUGGGCGCUGGUUGUCUGAAUUUGCUUGUGGCCUUUUUGGGACCUAUGCUGAUGUCUAAGCUAAAUCGUCGCCCAUUGAUGAUGUUUUCCAGCGGAAUUUGUUCUUUCUUCCUCUUCGCUAUCGCUUUUGUUUUAUAUUACAUAGAUACCUCAAGUUGGUUUCCCAUACUGUGUAUUGUGGGUAUUAUGGGAUACAUCUUCUUUUAUCAAUUAGGUUUGGGACCUAUACCAUACUUCAUUGGUUCAGAGAUCUUCGAAGUCGCACCUCGCUCGGUGGCCAUGUCGAUGGGCAGCUUAUCUUCUUGGACGUGCAAUUUUACUGUUGGUAUGGCCUUUCCAUCGUUACAGAACGCCUGGGGCGCUUUCGUAUUCCUGCCAUUCUCGGCGACAUGUCUACUGCUCUUCCUGCUAACGAAAUUCUAUUUACCAGAAACACGUGGACGGGAUCCGUCUGAAGUAGCGCCGCUGGUGGCCAAGGGUUUUCGCUCCAAGGUGAAAUAAGUCAUGGACGCUGUUGGCGCGCUCAUAUUGAUAAAUAAA